AUGGAAUUGCAUAAUUUAAUAAAUGGGCUGUCUUCUGACAGAGACGAUCUUUCUGUUUUUGGAAUUGGUCCCCUUGGUGAAAAGUUGGAUGACCUUGGCAACACAGGCCUUGAUGAAAAUUGUGAACAAGAACCAAAGAUAUGUGAUGAAUUUAAAUACAAUAGGUCUUCGUUCAUGCCACCCAUGAAUCACCAAGUUUACAUGUUUCAACAAGCCAUUAUCAAAAAUCUACAUUUUCAAUUUAGACCAAUUCCACCAUUACCUAAUAAUGUAUCCAAAAUUUGCAUGGAAAAUAUCAACACAUUGGCAAACAAUCACAAUCUAGUUAUAAUUGGUGCUGACAAAGGUGGUUCUAUAUUGAUUCAGGAUACAUUACAAUAUGAUCAUGAAGCACUGAACCAAUUAUCCAACGCACACUAUUACUCGGAACUCACCAUCGAUCCAACACCAGUAUUCAAGGAACAGAUUGAUUCUUUCCUUCGUUUAGCUGUUGCAGAAGUGUUGCGUCAAAAUAGGAAAGCCAGAAUUAUGAAACCUGACAAAAGGGUGGUCUUGAUGAAUUCACAUGACUAUAAUAAUAAAAUAAUGCUCCUUUUACGUGAUGAUACAUAUGAAGAGGUUUCCAGUAAAGAAAUGCAUAUUACUUACAAGAAGAUUGAUUACACAAUGUAUAUGUUUAUGCAAGCAGAAAUUGAGCAGACCGAAUAUGGAAUUUUAAAGGACAAAUGGGAAAAAUCCAUAACUGUGAAUAAAUCCUUGGAUAUAUACCAGGAUAUCAGCCUGAUGACUCUGGACAGCAUCCUAAAAUGUGCUUUCAGUUGCAAUAGCAACUGCCAGAUCAACAGUGAUAUUCCCUACAUCAAAGCAGUAUAUGAUCUCACUUACAUAAGUCGCCUCAAAGUUCGAUGUUUUCCGUAUCACAGUGAUCUUAUCUUUCAUCUUAGUCCUCAUGGAUUUCAAUUCCGAAAGGCUUGCAAGUUGGCACGUGAGCACACAGGAAAAGUGAUACAGCAGAGGAAAGAAGUCCUUAAGGAUGAAAAGGAACUAGAGAAAAUCCAACAGAAGAGAUACCUUGAUUUCCUUGACAUCCUGCUGUUUGCUAGGGAUGAAGAUGGGAAAGGGCUAUCUGAUGACGAUAUCUGCUCUGAGGUUGACACAUUCAUGUUUGAAGGGCAUGACACUACAGCAAGUGGCAUUUCGUGGAUUUUGUACUGCAUGGCCAAAUACCCAAUACAUCAAAGAAAAUGCAGGGAGGAGAUCCUGGAGGUUCUUGCUGGCAGAGAGACAGUGGAGUGGAAUGACCUUGGCAAGCUGACUUAUACCACCAUGGUUAUUAAAGAAUGCAUGAGGUUAUACCCACCUGUACCUCUAAUAUCACGAAUGACUACCAAAACAAUGACCUUUCCUGAUGGGAGAUCAGUACCAGCAGGUACAAGUGUUGGAAUAAGUAUAUACAGCACCCACAGGCAGCCUGAUAUCUGGGAAGAUCCAGAGGUGUUUGAUCCUUUAAGAUUUUCACCAGAGAGGUCUGCCAACAGGCAUUCUUAUGCGUUUGUACCAUUUGCUGCAGGAGGAAGAAACUGCAUUGGACAGCAUUUUGCAAUGAAUGAGAUUAAAGUGGCCAUAGCACUGAUUCUGGCCCGAUUUGAAUUGACACCAGAUCCAGACAAGCCUCCCAUUAAAAUUCCACAGAUGGUUCUUCGAUCCAAAAAUGGGAUACACCUAAAUAUUAAAUUCAUCAAUGAAAAGAGAACACAAAAAGGACAAUAAUCUUUUUUUCAUGUAUUUUAUAAAAUGUAAUAGAUUGUCUGAGUUUGUGGAAGAAAUACUGACUUUCUUGUCAGGAGCCAUCCAAAAUAUUUCAGGGCACAAUCCUCUUACACAGGCAGUGUUCUGAAAUGUAUUUUUAAAUGCUUAGCCCAUGGAAGCCUUCCUGAUACUCUCAUCUUAUUUAUUCUG